UUCUUUAGUUCUGAAAAUGAUUAUUGACCUAAUAUGCGGUACAGAAUGAGCUAAAUACAUCUUCAAUAUAGUUAUUAUAAAACAUUCAGGUCGCGAAUGCAGUGGUGGCGUGCGCGCGUGAGCUGAGCUGACACUUCGAUGCAUCAUUGUGCAGCUUUCAUCUCCCGACUGGCGGACAGCUGAGGCUACUACCCGACCAAAACCGAAUAUCUCGAGAGAUUGACGUUGAGGUGGUAAAGAUGUAUCAAAAUCCUGUUCUUGGUUUGGAGAAAAUCAGAAGAUCAAGAAAGAAUGUCAAGAGCAUCUUGAGUGAUUUCGGACUAGAGAUAUGUCAAGAAUUGAUAGAGCAUGACCUGCAAGAUGUUUCGUCAGACGAGGACGAAAUUGACGACACUGAAUGGACGGAUCUCACCGUGGGGUUCAACGGCAGACAGAAGAAGAAGUGGAAAUAUCGGACCCAGACGCUGUGCUGCAGCCUGUGCAAGUACACGGCGCGCUCCUGGUCCUCCUACCAUCACCACAUCAAGGUGUACCACCCGGAGGAGAAGCACCUGACCUACCUGAGCGCCUGCUCCGCCUGUCCCUUCAUUGCCCACCCGCGCCUCGUCAAGAAGCACUUCGCGCUCUUCCACCAUGACCUCUCCAGGUCGGCGGUGGCGGCUACGGGGGGGACGACGGUGGGGUCGGGGUCGACGACGGGUGACUCGGGACUCGUGCCCGUAACCAGCGCGAUCGCCGCCGAGAAGUACCUGUGCAGGAAGUGCGGGUUCGAGGACACGCUGCUGUACUGCAUGAAGAAGCACGUGCUGUUCAAGCACGCCAUCAACCUGUGGCAGACGCACGCCGGCCAGCGCGCCGAGAGCCAGCAGAAGGCGCUGGCCUGCAGCAAGUUCUACUGCAAGACGUGCGGCGCCAACUCCGAGACCACCGAGCACCUGGUCUACCACCUGCUGACCUCGGACAAGCACAAGGACAUCGGGCGCCUCGUGCUGGGCCUGAUCUGGCAGAAGAUGAGGCCCAGGAGGGCAGAGGAGCGACAGGGACAGGGGCAGACCUUCUACGUCGCUAACGCUAACACGUCGUCAGCGUUAGCGCAAGAAGCUGCUGCUUCUGCUCCGCUACUGGCGUUGUCGUCGUCGGCCAACUCGUCGUUACAGGCCAGCCUGGCCCUCCCCAGUGGCGCGGUGUUGCCGGGGCUGGGCACCACCCCCUCCACACUACUUCCUGCCCAGCAUGCAGCUUUAGUACAGUUGGCCAGCGCCGAGGCCAAAGGUCUGAUCCGAGUCGACGGACCGGCGAGCCUCUCCGGUGCACAGGUGAUGUCGACGUCAUCGGCAGCAGCAGCACAACAGGUCCAGCGUGCACAGCAGACGCAGCUGGGCAUGGUGGUCGGACCGCCUGGGCAUGGACAGCCUACCGUGCAGCAGUUGCUGGCCGUGCGGAGACCCGUGCCUGUGCAGAGUGCCUCCGGUGCGGCGGGCAGUGCCGGUGCCGGUGCGAAGGCGCUCGUCCACAGGCCCAGUGCUACACCCCAGGCCACGGUGCUGACGUCCCAGUCACUGCUCAGCCACCUGGUGCCCACGGGCAACAAGGUUAACGGCAUGCCAACGUACACCUUGGCCCCACUGCAGAUGAACAUGGCCGGAGUCCAGGCCAACAAGGGCUCGGUGGUGAGCAAGCUCCCGCUGCAGAGCAAUGCGUCGUUGUCCCAGUCUCCCUUCGCGGCGCCGGGCAUGGACCCCUGCAAGACCAAGAAGUGGACCAGCUGCUCGCUGUGCCGGGAGCUCUUCCCCUCCUCCGUCUUCGACAAGCACAUGGAGACGCACCGGCUCAAGACCAAGAACGGCCUGGCCGCCAAGGCGCCCUUCCUCAAGAAGAUGCCGGACAGGACCGUCAAGUGCCUGACGUGCAAAGUGCUGCUGUCGGAACGGGGCAUCUUCGAGCACAUGAAGCACGGCCUGAUGUGCCUCUACUGCCCCAAGAUGUUCAACUCCAUCAAGGCGCUGGCCUUUCACGUGAAGUCGGACCACCAUAACGUGGAGAAGGAGCACGGAGACUUCAUGAGACGGGAGUACAAGCUGUACACCGACGAGAAGGGCAACCUGCUCUUCCCUUACUUCGACAUCUCCACCACCGCCUCCAAGGACAUGCUGGGUGACCAGGAGGUGCACCUGGCUCUGGUCACCACGACUAAAGACCUGCUCUUCAUCAAGAUGUCCCAGAGCGGCGACAAGGUCGUGUGCAGCGCGGCCACCACCGCGGCCACCAAGUCCAGCCUGAAGCACUGUCCCUUCUGCGGAGAGGACACGCUGAGCGCCGAGGACCAGCGCAUGCACCUGCGCGAGAAGCACUUCAUCACGCCCACCAUCCACGCCAUCCUCAAGACGCCCGCCUACAAGUGCGUCUUCUGCGGCGGCGUCUACACCGGCAAGACCACCAUGAUGGCCAUCAUCGUGCACCUCCAGCGCUGCAAAGCGGCGCCCAAGACCCCGUUAGACGCCGAGCGGCUCAUGAGCUCCACCGUGGUCGCCAGGAGCAACGGAGGGGGAGGAGUCAGGCAGCCCGCGACGACGAGGCCCCAACAACCGCUGUCCAAUAAGCACCUGUCCAAUAAGAAGCUGUCGCCUGCAGCGGCCGCGGCGCCCGGCAGCCUCUCGGCCGAGCCCGUGUCGGAGGUGGAGGCGCAGCGUGCGCGGCGGCUGGAGAUGGCGGUGAAGGAGGCCAUGAUGGCCAACAAGCGUGAGCGGGAGGCGCGGGCCGCCAAGAGGAAGCUGGACCGGGAGCAGCGCCGCUCCGCCACCCCGCCGUCCGCCGCGUCCGGGUCUGGCGUGGGGCAGGCCGAGGCCCUCAUCGACCCCUCGGUGCCGCUCGCCCUCAACCCGGCCGGCAUGUGGAAGCGCACCUUCGAGGAGCGCCGCGAGUUCCUCACCAGGUACUUCCACGUGCAGCCGUACCUGGCCAAGAAGGAGAUGACGGCGCUGGCCAACGCGCUGCUCCUCAACAACCUGGACGUGGCCUGCCACUUCAGCACCAAGCGCAACAAGUGCCUGCGCGCCGUGCAGCGCACCCGCGUCAAGGUCAUCAUGGGAUUCAACAUGGCCGAGAUGCUCAAGGUCAAACACAACCUGCUCGUCCCCGAGCAAGUGGAGCCGCCUGAGCCGACCGAGGAGAAGAGCGACGAUGAUGACAGCGAACCGUCUGAUGGUGAAGACGGAGGCGAGAAGGAGAAGGAGAAGGAGGAGCAGGAGGAGGAGGGCGAAGGAGGUGAACCCAAAGCCAAACGGAAGAAGAAGGCGGUGGUGUCGUCUGACAGUGAGGAGGAUGGAGAGGGUUCAGAUGACGACUAGCUUAUUUAAGACAGAGCUGUGUGGAAAUGUGUUCCAACAUGCCGACUCCCAUCCUCCCUGUCUCCUGAGCAUGCUUGUGGCCUCGCGAUGACGUCACUGACGACAGAAGUGUAGUAUUUCAAUAGCUCACAAAAGUGCCAUUCUAAUGUCAUUUUCCUCAUUUGCAAUUGGGAUAGUGAUGCAGACUAGUCCCCUGGAAGUUGUUGUGGCUAGUGCUGACAGCUGGGAAACUUUAUUGUCUUCUCCACAGAGGUGGGGCGUCAGUGAAACGCGAGGCCACAAGCACAAGUGGAGGACGGGAGUCAGCAUGUUGGAAUCUCACCAUAUAACAGAGCAAAUGUAGUCUUUUCUGUAUAUCUGGCAACUUGUCAUGUCCCACGCCAAACGAGGGUUUAAACGUUUGUUCAUUUCAAUGUUUAUUUCUCGACCCUUCUCGACUCUUGUCAUUCUUUUAUCCAAGGUCCCAGUUGGACUGAACCAAGUAUGAUGUGGUUGUUUUCUGCUGUUUUUAUAUUUUGCUCUUCUUAGUCUGUUCACACGUUUUGAAUGAAUGAAUGCAUGUCUAUUAUGUAGACAAGUGUUUUUUAUGGUUUAUUUUUUUCUGAAAGCCCUCAAUUAGUGUGCUUAUUCCAAAGUAGUAAUAAUAAUCAACAUUCUGGAGUUAAAAUUGAGUUAUAAUAAUAAAUCCUAUUCAUUCAUUUUCAUAAUGAAGAAAGUUGUACAAACGCCUUUUUGGGUUUACAUUCUUUUAAAAAAGCCUUUAAAAAAGCGGUCUUGCCAUUGCCAUGACUGUGAAAUUUGCAUUUGCAAACAUUUGUGUUGAAUAAGUGUUUGUAGGUCUGCUAUUCUGGAGGGCGUUUCUCAAUGGCGUCAUUGCUAACUAAAUUAGCAAUUUACUUGGGUGCAUUGUAAUUUGUCUUAGGGAACCUAGUAAGUUGCUAACAGGUUAGCAACAACACUUUUGAGAAAUGCACCCCUGAAUUGAGGGGCUUUUAACCAGCCUCACCAACACAAAGCCGUACACUCACUGCCUCUCACUUGCUGUUGACUCAUUAAAAUGGGUAUUUCUUCAUGAA